AUGUCAUCUAUAAACGGGGUUUCGAGCAAGCCCUACGUCCUAGAUCUUCAAUAUCGAGGCUUCAUCGAAGGCGUCACCUUGACAUCGGACAUAGACAGCACCGAGCUCUGCCACUUUUUCGGAGGCAUACCGGACAGUCAUUCUACCCAGUACGGGCUGCCGCCAAUUGGGCCUUUUCGAUGGCGGAGACCGAGACCGCUCCCGCCAUGCUAUCGUUAUGGAACACGAGCAAACCCAGGCAAGUUCACCGGGGGCACGGCUACAUGUCCUCAGCCAAGAGCUGCCAAAUCCGAACUUGCGCUGGAAGUGCGAGAUGAGGAUUGCCUGCAACUCAAUGUCUGGCUACCUGUCGGAGAGCCACCUGAAGGGGGCUGGCCAGUAAUCUUCUACAUUCGUACGAACUCAUCAUUCAAGCCUAAGGAGAACUUCUUGCCACUAACUUGUUGCUCAGAUGGAGGGUUCUUGCAAUUUGGUGAUCCUAAUGAUCUCGACGUAAGCAAGCUCUUGAGCGAAACUGAUUGUCGGUGUAUAUUCGUCAUGCCAGCAUAUCGUCUGAAUGUUUUUGGCUUCCUCGCGUCCCGUGAGCUUCUACGAGAAUCUGGAGCGGGCUGUGAAGUAGGUAAUCUCGGAUUCUGGGAUCAGCGGCUCGCUCUCGAGUGGGCGUGGAAGAACAUCGACUAUUUUGGUGGCAACCCCAAAAAUAUAGCCGUGGCUGGAUACUCUGCUGGUAUGCUGUCACGCCGGAGCUCGUAUUCGACAUUCAUGCAACUGCAGUACGAUCUGUUCCUGCCAGACCAGAAGAGUAUCAUCCGGAGAGCAAUCAUGUGGAGUAACGGUCCAGGCGUGCAACCCAAGUCCUUACUAGAAGCACAAGAACAGUUCGAUGAGCUGCUACAGGUGCUAGGGAUAUCCCUUGACAUCACAGAGCCCGAAAAGUUGUCGAAGCUUCGCCAGAUCCCAUCCAGCCAACUCGUCGAAGCAACGUUCGCCAUGAAGAUUCAUCAGUUUCGCGCAGUGACCGAUGGCGAGUUCGUACGUCCGUCACUCUUCGAAGACAUAGACAGAGGGGAGUUCGCCACGCGAAUGAGGAAACGCGGCGUCCAGCUAAUGAUGGGCGAAUGCAAGGAUGAGCAUUUUGUUUAUGGCGAAUGGAGGCCCCCAGAAGAUAGCUUCCAGGGCCUGUACGACAGACUCCAGGCCGAUUACCCACGCGCGGCUUGUGAUGCUUUGGUGAAGCAUUUCUACCCGAAUGGCCAGCUGCCUUCGCGAUCCAGAGACUGGUGCGAGGAGUUUGGCAGGAUUUACGCAGACAUUCAGAUACAUGCCAUGGAACGUGGCCUUGCCAAUGCACUUGACCGUUUCGGUGCUGGCGACCUCGUGUAUCGCUACCGGGUCGAAUGGCGGGCCAAGUGUGUAGCUCUGCCGCCAGAGUGGGGUGUCACUCACACAUCCGAUCUCGCCAUAUGGUUCUGGGGUGACAAAGCACAGUUGGAAGAUGAGGAGAAGACGAUUGCAUACGAAUCUUUUGUCCAUCCAUUGUCUCAAUUUAUCACGGGCCGAGUUGUCUCAUGGGGCACGCAGAACGUGUGCCAAUCAAGAACACUGAAAGCCGACGGCUCUGUAGAGAUUCUGGAUGAUGCCGACUGGGAGCGCAGUCUAGCGAUUUGGCGGUGUUUGCAAGCAGCCGGUGCAGCAUUUGCGCCAAUCAAAGGUAGACUCUAA